GUUGCUGCAUUGGUAAGCUUCAGCGGUGUCAUGCCGCUCCUGACCUGACGGUGGCGCCAGAGGGCGCACAAAGGCUGCGGAAGAAUGGAGAAGCCACUCUGGGCCUAGUGUGCGCAUGCGCCAACGGUGGCGGAGGCUGCGCGGCAUGGAGGGGAUGACAGCGAAAAGGGGGCGGAGCCAAAGGGAAGUCCUCGGAUGAUGAGGGCAAGAUGGCGGCGCUGGCGGUGGCUUUCCUGAGGGCCCUGAAAAGACUCUGCCGCGUCGCCCUUUUCCUCUCGCAGCUCUACGUCUUGUCCGGAAGAGGGUCCUUGAGUUUGGAGCAUCAUCCGCCAGCCCAUCUGGCAAAGGUAUCCCUCGCACCUGCAAGCACUCAGAUCCCAGCAUCUAAAGCACCAGAGACGACGUCGGUUCCCUCCUAUGUGACCCGGUGCCCUAGCAAUGGACUGUGCAGCCGGCUGCCUCCAGAAUGCCUGUCCUGCAAAACCAACUACUCCUGCAUCUACGGAAAACCAGCGAUGUUUGAAUGUGAAGCAAAACCCCAAGUUCACUGUGUUGAUGAGGAUAACAAUCGUCAGAAAAUCUUCAUGAUCAACAUGACCUGCCAGUUUUGUUGGCAGCUUCCUCCAACUGAUUAUGUUUGUUCCAAUCCUACAAACUGUAAGACGGUCUCUUGUCCACGGGAGCGAUACAGCGCCAACUGCACCGUGCGGGAUCAUAUCCACUGUUUAGGCAAUCGUACCUUUCCCAAGAUGCUUUACUGCAACUGGACUGGGGGCUAUAAAUGGUCAACAGCCUUGGCUUUAAGCAUCACACUUGGUGGCUUUGGAGCUGACCGUUUCUAUUUGGGCCAGUGGCGGGAAGGGCUGGGCAAGCUUUUCAGCUUUGGUGGCCUGGGAAUCUGGACUCUCAUCGAUGUGCUGCUGAUAGGAGUCGGCUACGUAGGACCAGCAGAUGGCUCACUCUAUAUCUAGCCAUCGAUGCGAAAACCAUCCGAGGUGGAUCACAUUGGGAGAUAAACACAAGCUGGACUUCCAAAACAGACCUUAGGAGCACUUCUUGCCUAUGUGCACAUCUAUUUAAUGUACAGUAUCUGUACUUGGCCUGCCUUUAACUUAAGGUAAAAUAAAGAAGCGGAUCAUUGAACGCUGCUGCCCUGGAGUUUGUUCCUUUUGGGUUUAUCAAACACACUCUCUUAUUUUUUCUGUGAAAAAGUUCUUAAGUUGCACAACGAAAGCGCACCGCUGUUUCUUGGGCAGAUGUAAAGUCAUUCACGCUAGCAAACGUCUCUGACAAGCUUCCCAAUCACACUUGUGAACACUGGCCACAGUUGGAUUCCUUUGCACCUCUGCAACAUAGCUAAGUAUGCAGAAAAAUAUGCAGUGUAGGUUGUGAUAAAGAAUUGUGGCCAUUUGUUGUUUUUCAUAUUCAAGGUGAUAAGCUGCCCUAGUCCUAGCUGCUCAACAGACAUCUACUUGGAGCAUUUAUUGGAUCAUCUAAACUGUAUCUCGUUUUUAAUAGUUUCAGUAACUUUAUUUUCAACAGGCUUGUGGAAAAUGCAAAAAUGAGAAGGGCGACAAUAGUCACUAAGCUGCUUGAAAUCCUAAUAGUUCUGGUAGAAAUAAUUUUCAUCCUAGACUUGACAUGUGGCAAGUGUUACUCUUUAAAAUGAAACACCCAGUUGAACUCCUUCUCUUCGUACACUUUGGCAGUUGUGAGUCCAGAGCCUCUUGCAAAUAAGUGAAGUGUGUGAUGAGAACCCUGUAAUGCAUUAUGCAGCCUAUCGUUACAUCAUAAAUGACUAACUUAAUGUGUCACUUCUUCAGUUUAAAACACAGUAGUUGUUUCCCUACAGAGGUGGGAAUGAUGUAGCCCUCAAGAGGUCAUUGGACUGCCAGACCCAGCAGCCCAGAAUAGUGGUGAGCGAUUCUGGGAGAUGCAAUCCAACAACCUCUGAAGGGUUACAUGAUUCCUGUCCCUGUACUUCAUCAUCAUGCUAGAAGCACAGAGUUAGUACGUGUUAUGCUUAAGAUUCAGGGUUGCUGGGGGGCUUAAGGCAGUUUUAAAUACACUGUUAUUCCUGCCUGAAGGUAGUUUCUGUGUAGGAAGUUUCACCAUCACAAAGAGCUUGUCACCACUGAGUUGGGUGGGAUUCAAUUUUCAGUUCAAUACAUAUAGGAUCACUAUGUUGUGUGCAGGCACACAUUUCUGCUGCAUUCCCAUCUAUUUGUGCGAAUAGGAAAGUAAGUGUCAAUCACAUGUGUUUAACUUAUUUCUAAGCGUUAUUGCUCAGAUUGAAAAUAGAUGUUUCUUGCAUUACAUGUUAUUAACCAUUACAGCUCAAAAUGUAACACGGUUAAAAGGCAGCAGGGGACACACAUAUAUUCUUAAGCUCAUUUUGUAAGGCAACCACACAAGUGACACAGUAACAGCCAUAUUUUCUCUUACUCCAGUGGCUCCCAAACCUUUGUCCUCCAGAUGUUUUGGACUUCAGCUCCCAGAAUUCCUGACUGUUGUCCAAAAUGGCUGGGCCUUCUGGGAGUUGAAAUAUCCAAAACACCUGGAGGACCCAAGUUUGGGAAAUCUUACUCUGUAAACCCAGAGUAAAACCCAAGUCUUACUCUGUAAACUCAAAAUUAUCAGUGUGUAGCAUCCAAUGCAAAUUUGUUAAUGAAUUUUUGUCGACUGCUAUUGAAAAGUAAUAUUUCUUAACAGGUGUUUCCAUGAAUUAUUCCACAGAAUAGACACUUUCAAUUUUUAUUUUAGGCUUGUGUCUCCUGUAUCCUUUAAUUACUUGCUUUUAACUUCUCAGAGUGGUGUUGGUAUGUAUGUUUAUAUGUAGAAAAGUGGGUGUUUAUUAUCUAGCAAGAUGUCUCUUGCAAGAUUCAAAUUUUGUGGAUUGUUGGAUAACUUUGGAAGCGGAGUCUUCUGAUGUAACAGACUUUAAUAAAUGGCAUUUUGUUUCACCA